UAAACGCGCUCAGCCAAAGCUGCUGAGUUUCGCCAGGGUUGCCCCUGAAGGGGGACAUGGCACGCCUGGCACGCGCAACGGAUUUGGUGCAGGCAGAAAUCGAACUCGAAGAGGUGAAAGAAGCUCUGCGUGAAGGGAAGCCCUACUUGGGUCUUACCGGAUCUUUGCUAAAGGAGUACGCUGUAGAAGCGGCGAAGAAGGAGAACCUGCUUCGCAAGAGCCUCCAAGACGGCAGCGCUGCGCCCGUUGCGCCGGCGCCCGGAACGGCUCCGGCCGUGGCGCCGCGCGGGCGCACGACCUCCCUGGACUCGACCGGUGGAUCGCUGCAGCGGACGAACUCGGCCACGCAGACGGUGGAGUGGAAAGAUCAAUUGCCUCCUCUGCCAAGAAGACCUUCGAAGACAGCUGUUCCGGUGUCGGCCGCAGGAGUUGUCAACGAUAUUGACAGUUUGGCUAUGGUCCUGGAACUGAUGCAGUCCAAAGUCAACGAUGAGCGUCUACAACGUGCCUGUUUGAUGGCCAUCACACGACUUUCCAAGGAUGUGGUGUCCUUGAGACCUCUCUGUUUGGGCGUCAUUUCGGCCAUUGCUCAAUCCGCGGCGCGGGGGCGUCAGGAUUUGACCUUGCAGAGGAUGGCGGUCUCCGCGUUAUCCAGCGUGGCUUAUGCGCACGACGUGGCUGCCCUGGUGGCGCCUCUGGCCCUACCUGUGGUGAUCGAGGCGAAGUUAUUGGGGAUGAAGUUCUAG